AUGGUUAAGAAAGUUGAACUUGUUCAAAUUAUAGCUGAGGCAUUAUAUUCGCUUGGUUUCAAGAAGACGGGGGCACAUCUAGAAGAAGAGUCGGUGAUACCAUUGCAGUCUUCUGUCGUAAAUUUGUUUAUACAGCAAAUUCUUGAUGGUGAAUGGGAUGACAGUGUGGCCACAUUACACAAGAUUGGUCUGAUAGAUGAAACUAUUAUUAGAUUGUCAUCUUUUGUAAUAUUAGAGCAGAAAUUUUUUGCACUUCUGGAUGGAGAAAAAGUCAUGGAUCGAUGCUUUGAAGAUAAAGAGGAUUGA